AUGGCGGCCGGAAAAACUCCUCCCAAUCUUCGACAACUCCUCGUGACUCUCCUCCUCUCUUGCCUUCUUCUCGCGCUCGCUCCGGUGCGCGCGUUCGAAUUCGACUGCGCGAACGAGGUCCGCGAGAACGUUGCCGUCCUGAGCUUCUGUAACGGCGACGGCUGGCGCUACUCGUGUCUCUACGGCGGAGGUUACUCUAAGGACGGGUCGGGAGAGUGCACGCGCGUUCAGGCCGGCGCGAUUCACUGCGAGGACUGCGAGGGGAACGCGCACGAGCUCCCGCGCUGCUGCGAUAUAGACCUCUCCGGUUACGAGUUAAGCGCCGGCAUACAGGCCAACACGGGGCAUGACACCGAGUGGGGAAUCACCAUUUUGCAGUGCCCCGGAAAUUCCGACUGUCACGAUUUUGGUUACCCGCAGUGUAACGGGGGUGGGUUCGACGGAAUUAACCCGUACUGGAUUUACCAAGACAAUUACGACACUGGUUAUGAAUACUGCCCGGAAUCCAGUGGAGCGAUGUUGCGCGCGCUGGAGCCCCGCGCGCACAGCAGCGGCGAAGUGCAGCUGCGCGAAUUAGAGCGUCCCGUCGCGGAGAUCCGCGCAGAACCGCCGCGCCCGAUUGCUCCCCUCGACGGCGGCGCACGGGCGGGCGGAAAGACCAAGAUGAGCCGCCGCUUAUGGGGAAGCGGGCGCCCCUGGUCUCCCCCGAAGAUGUAUAGCCGCCGCUUGUGGGGAAGCGGACGCCCCAUGUAUAGCCGUCGCCUGUGGGGAAGAGGACGCCCCUGGUCUCCUCCCAAGAUGUAUAGCCGCCGCCUAGGUAUAGCAUACUGCUUGGUUUCGGUUGUAGAUUGGUUUGUUAGGAUUGAGAUUGUAUCGCAAGUAGCUGGGAUUUUAGACAUCCAUAUCAUUCAGGCGGAGGGACUGCGCGAGCUAUGCGACUACGGACCCCAGGAUGUGUACGCGCGUGUGCUCUGCGGCGAACGCGACGACAUCGGUCGAGUGGCUCUGACCACGAAAACCAUCAAGUCUGGCGGAAACAACCCGAUUUUCAACCAACGACUCCAGGUUGGCGUGCCUGAGCGCGAGACGGAAGUGAAGUGCGAGAUAUGGAUGGCGAGUCACCACCGCGGCACGACGGACGAUCAGCUGCUCGGCUUCAUCCAGAUUCCCAUCAGAGACAUCAUGGAAAGAGGCAAAGCCGGCGUUCAGGAGUUUUACCUGCGAGCUUUUGACGAAGUUGGUAACCUCUUCGCCAGCUCCGCGAAAGUUCGAAUCUCCCUCUCGUACCACCCGCGGCCGGGCAGCAGCAACGCAACCCCCACUGGCGGAAACACCCCCUCUGGCAAGGCACGCGGAACGCCCUCCAGCGCAAAGGGGAACAUUCUCGGGCGCGCGCUUACCGCAGCAUUCUCCCGCAUCUCCGCGGAGAAGGCCGCGGAGAGGGCUGCGGAAAAAGGGGCGGAAAAGGGAGGCGGCGGCAUUCCGGGCACUCCCGCAGGAACCCCCAUCCGCGCGCAGUCGUUCUCCCGCGUCCACCCAGAGACAUUCAGCAGCGCUGGCGGAGGGGAAGGGGGAGGGGGAACGCCUUUCGGAACGCCCGCGCGCAUCGUAGGAGGUGAAAGUGGUGGGGCGUCAGCAGGGGGGGCGUCAGCAGGGGGGGCGGCACCGCAAGGCACUCCAGGGGGUAUUCCCAACGGUGUUGGGGCUACUCCGGUGGCUACACCUGGGAAGGCACCUGAAAACAUACCUGGGAUCACACCUGGAAAUACACCUGGCCGGGCAUUGGCGAGCUUACGACUUGGCAAUUUGACGUUCACGCCUGGGAUUCAAACGCGGGAGGCCAUGUCGUCGCAUGGCCCUAGUACGCUGCAACGGUCGCGGCCCAUGUCGCCACGGUCGCCGGCGUCGCCCAGGUCGCCCAUGUCGGAGGUGCGCGACGGUCUGCGACACGGGCUGGACCUGGUGCAGGCGCUGCGCGAAGUUACCGAAGGAGGGGCGAAAUUCGCGAACGCGAGUAACAAGAAGCAGAAGUCGAAAUCGGGGCCGCUUAGCGUAAACCAUCCGUACAUGAUGGAAGCCGUGGAUCUGCAGCGCAAGCAUAAAUAUAAAGCGCAAUCCGGCCCAUUGUUCGAUAACGGAGACGCCUAUGACGCGGAUGGGGGAGGCUCCGGAACCUGCAGCCCGUACAGCUCCCGCCGCCCCGCGUCCUCCUCUCCCCCGAGGCAUGUGCGCAAGAUGAUCCUCCCCCACCGCUCCGCCACUCCGCCCAUGUCCUUCCGCGAGGCCCCGCAACCCCCCCAUUCUGGGGGAGGGUUCAUCCUCGGUAGAAGCGCCCCGUUAAACCCAGAAGCUCUUGACCUCUGGGAAGGGGGCGAACCCCCACCAGCGGUAUUCACCUCUAGAUCUGGGCCGUUACGGCUGCAGGGUAAUUACUCGGGAUAUAAACCGACGUCGGGUCCUUUACCCACCACAACUUCUCUGAUGAAGCUUGAUUCUUUAGAUACUCCGCCUACUCUUCCCCCUCCCCCGUCUCUCCGCGCUAUGCGUCGGGGAGGAGGCGUGGCGGGGAGCGCGCUGUUCUCGCACUCGAUUGUUAGCGGGAGUGCUUAUAGCGGGGCUGCGUUAAGUGGAGGGACGUUUAGCGCGGGAGCGGGGAGCAUGCAGGAGACGAACAGCUCGAGCGGCUGCCACGUGGGAUCCACGGGCGAUGACGUGUCAUCUGGUAUGGCAGGUUCGGGGAUGGCAGGCUCGGGAGUGACAGGUUCGGGAAGGUUGCUUCGGCGGCAGGGAUCUGGCGGCCGGCAAGGACCGGGCUUGCAACAAGGGUUCGGCGGACGAACAGGGGGAGGCGGAGGCAUGGGGGGUGUUACAGGCGGGAGCGUUGGCACGUGGGGGAGCGGAGGGGCGGGGGGAAGCGGAGGCAUGGCGGGAAGUGAAGAGACGGGGGUAAGCGGAGGUAUGGAGGCAUCUGCAGGGGCCGUGGCGGGCGGGUUUGGCAGCUUCGGCGGCGCGUUUGGGGCGGGCGGAUUUGGCAGCUUCUCCAGCCUGGCGUCCCAAGGGUCAGUGAAGGCCCCGCUACAGUCACAAGGCAGCUUCAGCGGCGUUAACGGUGCAACUACCUUCUCCGGCCGGGGAAUGCCCAAUAGCCUGCAGCGCGGGGGAAGCGGGGGGAGCGUGCAGGACGAGGGCGAGGGGGAAGCGGAAGGGGCUGGAGCGGAGGCAUUGGGAUUGGAAGGAGGGUAUGCGGGAGGGAAGGCGGUGGGAGGAGAAGGAUUCUUUGUGGAGAAUGACCUGGCAGGGGGAAAGGAUGACGUGGCACUGUUUCUGCCAGAAGGGCGAACCUUCGAGGAAAUGCUGAUGGAGGAGAAAGAAACGGGGUUACAACAGGGAAUCCCCACCACCGCCACCGCUGCUUUUGCGAGUGGCGGAGAGGAGGGUUUUGAGACGAGCCACAUGCUGAUGGACGCGGCAGGUGCCUUAGAUGUUUUCCCCUUGCCGAUGCCUGAAGGAUUUGACACUAUGGGAUGGGAUGAGAUGGAGCAACCCGCCGCCAGGCAGCAGGCAUUCCAGCAACAAAUGGCACAGGCACAGCAACAGCAGCCUUUACCAGCCGCACCCCCCUCCCACCAGUUCGCCUACACAUGCCCCAGUGCCAGGGCGGUGCUGGUGGUAACGGCAGCAGCGAUGGCAGCAGGCGGAGGAGUCUGUCAGCCUCUCGGGUGA